CCCCAGGCUAAUGGUCUGGACCACACAGGCCAGGAGGGGCGGGGCUUCCCGGCACCAACACCAGCCUUUGGGCGCGGGGGACCUUGGCUUCGGUCCACGGAACUGUUGUCUUUAGGAAGUUCGGGGAGUAGGAGGGUCUGUGUUCCGGGGCGUGUUCCUCCCUGCCAGCAUCCUUCGGGCAGGCGUUGAUCGCUGAUGCUGCGGUGGUGGGCGGCAGGAGCUGGAGCAGGUGCCGUGGAGCGAUGGCAAAGCUGCGGUUGGGAAGACCAAAAUGCUACUCACUUCACCUCGGAAUCCUUCCCCUCACAGUGCUUGCCUUGGUCUUCUUUGGCUAUGGAUUCCCGAGCCACAGAAGCCAGGAAUUGGGAGACUCAGAAGCCGUGACUAGUAGGAAAGAUGUUCUUGUCCUGACCCCAUGGCUGGCUCCCAUCAUCUGGGAGGGGACCUUCAACAUCGCCAUACUGAAUGAGCAGUUCAGGCCUCAGAACACCACAGUUGGACUGACUGUGUUUGCCAUCAAAAAGUAUGUGGUGUUCCUGAAGCUUUUCCUGGAGACGGCCGAGCAGCACUUCAUGGUGGGGCACAAGGUCACCUACUAUGUCUUCACUGACCGUCCAGCUGACGUGCCACAGGUGCCCCUGGGUGCAGGACGAAAGCUGGUGGUGCUAACUGUGCACAGCUACACCCGCUGGCAGGAUGUGUCCAUGCACAGGAUGGAGAUGAUCAGCCACUUCUCUGAGCGACGCUUUCUGCAUGAGGUGGAUUACCUGGUGUGUGCAGAUGUGGACAUGAAGUUCAGUGACCACGUGGGUGUGGAGAUUCUCACAGCACUCUUUGGUACCCUGCAUCCUGGCUUCUACAGGAGCAGCCGAGAGGCCUUUACCUAUGAGCGCCGGCCACAGUCCCAGGCCUACAUCCCCCUGGAUGAGGGUGACUUUUACUACAUGGGAGCCUUCUUUGGGGGGUCAGUGUUGGAGGUGCACCAUCUCACCAAGGCCUGCCAUGAGGCUAUGGUGCAGGACCAGGCCAAUGGCAUAGAGGCUGUGUGGCAUGAUGAGAGCCAUCUGAACAAGUACCUGCUAUAUCACAAGCCUACAAAGGUGUUGUCCCCAGAGUAUGUGUGGGACCAGCAGCUGCUGGGCUGGCCCUCCAUCAUGAAGAAGCUGAGAUAUGUGGCUGUGCCCAAGAACCAUCAGGCAAUCAGGAAUCUAUAGCUCAAAUCCUAUUGGAGAGGCCAGACCUAUAUCCAGGGGCACUCCAGGCUGUGUGGAACUGGAAGGAUUUGAGAGACAUUGGUAUCACCCUUCAGCAGCCCUGGUACCAACCACUUGGCUCAUCACACACUAAGCCCCUGGAUUACUCCACCUCCAGCUCCUACUGUGUCCCUAUGCUCCUUCUAUUCAAUGAGAUGGUAGCCAGAGCCUUCAGAACAUGGGGAAACUCUGUUAUGCAGUUUCCUGAAGGCCUGAGCAACCUUACUCAGCUUGUCCCUUCCUCUGCUGGGAGGCUUGACAGAUGGCCAGUGCCCUUAGGAAUAGAAUAGGCAGGAGGGCAGGGAGAGUCACAGCCUGCAGGCCUCAGGGGUGCUUAGCUCCUGUUUAGCCCAGCUGGCAGACCAUCACUCUGUGACCUUUGCUCAUUUUUGGUUUAUUUGGGAAUACCUGGUUAUCCAUCCUGGGAAUAAGUGUAUUUCUAGGUGAUAUAGAAAGUUUUAAAUUUUCUUUUAAAUUUUUUAGUAAAUUUAUUUAUGUAU